AACCCUCCUCGCAGAAACAGCCUCAACCUGGAGUUGUCCUCUCCUCCCCAAAAUAUCAAAAACAAACACAAGCAGGGAUUUGGUAAAUGGCUGCCGCACUUAGAAGAAUCGCGGGAGAGAAAUGCUUUAUGCUUUCAAGUAUUCGUGCUAAACUUGUUGCUGCUCCAACUGCCCUUUUCAUUUGGCAGCGAGGCAUAACCACUAAACUCUUUGUUGGAGGCUUGUCAAUUUACACCACAGAGAAUGGAUUAUCAGAAGCAUUCUCUCAAUAUGGUCAGGUUGUUGAAGCUAAAAUUGUGAUGGACCGAGCCUUGGACAGAUCAAAAGGUUUUGGUUUUGUAACUUAUGCAUCUGAAGAUGAAGCUCAGAAAGCUCUGGACGAGAUGAAUGGGAAGUCACUGAAUGGACGAGUCAUCUAUGUGGAUUAUGCAAAGCUCAAAACUAAUUUUGGUGGUGGGAUACCAAUUGCUAGAGGACCUCCUGAACCAACAACAUCUGAGAGUUGAACUACGAGGAUAUAAUUUUAUGUCAUUUGCAGGAAGAUUUAGAUACUUGCAGGUUAUAUCCCAGUUAAAUCUUGGCAUUUCGUUCUCUCGUGCAAGUGAUGAAAUGUAUUUGGCGAUUCCAAAUGCAUGACAACACGCUACACCUGAAUCAAAUGCCUGCACACAGAAACCAGUGGAUAGGCUGUUCUUUCUAGAAGAGAGUAGAAUAAGAUUUGCCUGGCUACAAAUAGAAGUUCGUGUGUUCUACCAGAUGCUGAAUUUAAGAAUAAUGAUGGUUUGAGCACGGAUCUAUAUU